CACGCCAGCUUCUAGAGGCGUAUCGAUCGGAGCACGCCAGAGCUUGCAAAUCACUGCAGCUGCCCGCUGCACACCACAGCGGUCGUCUCGUCAACCUCUACGCCAUCGAGCAGACCCAGUAACGAUGCACCGCGCAGUGCGCCGCUUCAGCGCUGGACAAUUCCGCGUCACGCCCGAGGGAUCACUAAGACGUAUUGCUAUUGACCACCCAGCAAAGCGCAACGCGCUCACGCUCGACAUGUACCGCCAGCUCCCGAGGAUCGCGGCCGAUGCGAACAGCGGCCGGGUGGCGCUCCUCGAGGGUGCUGGCGCGCAUUUUUCGGCGGGCAGCGACAUCUCGGAGUUCGCCACGUUGCGCGCCGACAGCUACCAGGCCGAGGAGUGGGACGCCGUCGAGAUAAAGGCCGCCGAAUCAUUGAGGGAUUUGGACAUACCGCUCGUCGCGCUGGUGCGGGGCAACUGCUACGGCUCGGCGUUGAAUUUGAUGCUCAUGGCCGACGUCCGCGUGGCCGCGGAUGACGCCACGUUUUGCGUGCCUCCGGCCAAACUCGGGCUCGGCUACCCGCGGCAUUUAUUGGAGCCGCUCGUCGAUACCGUCGGAAGGAGCGCCGCGUCGGAACUCAUCCUGACCGCGCGCGUGAUCGACGCGUCCGAGGCGAAGCAGCUCGGCCUCGUGCACCGCGUCGUUGCAGCCGGUGCAUAAAUCAACCCCUCUACGCCGUCGAGCAGAUGUCGCGUCGACAGCGGUUCGCGAGAAUUUGAUUUAUGCACAGGUUGCGGCGAGCGACGCUGCCGCCGCGGCCGAGGCGGCCGCGGCGGAGAUCGCCUCGCUGGCGCCGUUGGUGCAACGAGCCGCCAAAGCGAUGAUGCGCGGGCGCCGCGGCAAGGACGGGCGCUUCAUGGCGGAUGCGAGGUAUCAGGAAUGCUUCGAUUCGCGCGACUACCAGGAGGGGCUGAGAGCGUUCGCCGAGGGGCGGGACCCCGUGUUUAAUGGCAGUUGAAUGAAGAAUCACAAGAUAGGUUUAGCGCGCGAUCCUUCGGGACCGGCGGAGUUCUGUAAGCACUGUGC